GCGCAACGAGCCCAGUCGGAUACGUGAUCGUCUAGGAUCAUCUGCCAAGACUAAGCUUCUCUAUUGCAACAUCGUACAUCAGCAACGAUGGAUGGACAACAAAUGGACAAUAGUACAGUUGCGUGAUCGGUAAGCUACAUUUGAAAAGACGCGGGGGGUUUUGAAAAUGUGCCGAAUAUCCGAAAGGAUGAAUAAAUAAAGACUUGAGGCCACCGCAAAAGAAAGUAGAAAUACACAGAUUACACAUUGAACCCAUUCAACGAAGGAACACUACAGCAAAUAUGGCACCCUCAGUUGUGGCACCCGCAGUGACGGAACAGGAGAUUCCAAUUGUUACCAAAGGCAGACCGCAGCCGUUGGUAUCGUCGGGCCUCCUCGACCAAUUCGAGCAAUUCGAUGUAACUCCAGUCAUCGGCACGGAGUUCUCAAGUGCCAACUUGGUCGAGUGGAUUAAUUCUCCAAAUGCAGAUGACCUCUUGAGGGAGUUGGCCAUCAAAAUCUCCCAGCGUGGUGUCGUGUUCUUCCGUGCCCAAGACAACCUCACGAACGAUAUUCAGAAGGUAUUGAUUCAGCGACUCGGCGAACUCUCAGGAAAGCCAAAAACCUCAGGCCUGCACAUCCACCCGGUCUUGAACUCAGGCCGGGAAGGUGGAGGAACCGAUCCGGAGAUUAGCACGAUCAGCUCUGUCCAGCACAAGAAGAUUUACCGCCAAGCUACAGAUGAAGGACUCACCGUAAAGACGCAGAACGCUGGACUGUGGCAUUCGGAUAUCGCCUUCGAGCCAGUCCCGGCUGAUUAUACCUCACUUCGACUUGUUGAACUGCCCAAGACGGGAGGAGACACCCUCUGGGCAUCCGGAUGCGAGAUCUACGACCGCAUCAGUGCGCCAUACCAGAAGUUCCUUGAGGGUCUCACGUGCACCUUCGCUCAACCGGGAUUCAACGCCGCUGCCGCUCGUGGUGGCUUCGAGAUCUAUGACAAGCCCCGCGGUGCACCCGAAAACGUUGGUACCCUGUUACAGGCGGUGCAUCCCGUUGUGAGGACCAACCCUGUGACGGGCUGGAAGAGCAUUUUCCCCGUUGGUGGCCAUAUCAAGCAUAUCAAUGGCGUGACGGAAGACGAAUCCAAGGCCCUCCUCAGCUGGUUCUUGGACUUGGUGUACAAGAACCACGACCUGCAGGUCCGCCUCAAGUGGCAGAACCCCAACGAUAUCGCGAUCUGGGACAACAGAAGUGUUUUCCACAGCGCAACCUUCGAUUAUGACGACCAGGGUGAGCGUUUCGGUAACCGGGCCGUGGGAUUGGGCGAGCGACCGUACUUUGACCCCAAUAGCAAGUCACGCAGGGAAGCUCUGGGUCAGCAUCUUCCUGCUGAGAAGAUUGUAGUUUGAUUGAGUCCGUGAAAAUCUCCGGAGCUCAUUCGCGGCUUUGCAGUCCGCAACCAUACAUUCAUGUUAAACCAAUUAGGGAAACAAAAUUGAACUAUGAUAAUGAAAUAAUAACUUCUGAACAAGGUCCGGUGUGUGAUUCAAAGACUAG